UCAACCCUUACAAUCAGAUGUUUCCAAAUCACUUUUUUUUUUACAAAUUUCGUAAAGCGCCUUAAAAAUAAAACUUUUCUUCUUCGAGAUUUUACGGGUCCACAAAAUAACGCUUUGACCACGAACAUCAUAUACCGAAAAAUAUAAAUAAAAAAACGAAAAACAAGCGGUAGUAAAACAGAAAAACACAUGCAUAUUCCCUAGAAAAUCGUCAAAAAUCAUUUAUCAAAAUUUUACCAUCAGACAGAACAACUCAACUCAACAAAAAUUGAUGCGCAAGCAAAGAAAGUAUACGCCCUGUGCAUUCAGCCAGUCAUCAGAGGAACCAGCAGCAAACCAGCUCACAGAGACCUUACCACGGCAUGCGCACAGAAGUCCUUAAUCCAGUAUCCAUUAUCUCGAGAUAACCAACAUGAUGUGGACCCGAACGACAAUCGCGCUGCGCAGGAUUGCUAGGUCGCAGAGCCUGAACGGUAAGCGCUCCAGGAUGAAGGAACAGAUGUCGGCAAAGCAGCACGAGCGCAACGAGAAGAAGAAAAAGAAGCUGGCGGCCCUGGCGAACCUAAUGGAGCUCAAUGAUCGCGACCGAUUGCACGAGGCAGAGUUGGCCAAAAAACGCGAUGCAGAGGAUGUCGAUGUGGAGGAGCAGUCACCAGCAAAGGUGGAUGACGAGGACGACGGCUUCAUUAUGGUGGGCAGCAAACGCAAGUCGCGAAACCGUCGCCACAAUACCGAGCAGGAGGCGGAAUCCCAGUCUGCCACAGGAACAUCAGAUCACGAAGAGCCGGCGACCAAGAAAGGGCGCCACCACGAGGCUGGUGGCGAUAGCCUGCCCGAGGAGAUCGGCACGCUAUCCGAGGAUCAGUACAAACAGUUGACGGCGGAGCUGAGGCGCCGCAAACGCGAGCUUGAGAACGUACCUUCCCUGCGACUGCGUGAGAUGGGUCAGCGCGCCUCCCUGGAGACUCCCCAAGAGGCACGCACGCCCAUCUUUCUGACUGACAUCCAGAACCUGAUAAUGUGCGCCCUCAUUGGCCAGAAGAGCCCUUGCCGGCCGGAUCGGUGGUGCAGCGUGGAGAAGUGGCUCAGUCUGUCGCACAGUGUGGUGGUCAUUCUGGAGGGACUAUCUCUCUACCACUAUCUGUCUAACGAGAGCCAGUUUGAGGCCACCAACAGGAUAUUCAGCACCAAGCUGGAGAUGCUACUGCCACCGCAGGAGGAGGGUCAGAUUAUCGACGAGAUAGCCAAGAUUCCUCUCACCAAUGUGCAGGCACGCAGACUGAUAGACGAGCACGGCUCCCUGGAGUCCGCUGUGGAGCUGAACAAAGAUCCCACUUUGUUUGUAAAGACAAUCUUUCCAAUCGAAAGCAAUAAAUCUGAGGCGGAAGACAUGCAUGAGGAUGACAAGUUUCCGCGCACUAAGCUCCUGCUGUCAGCCCUGCAAAUGGUCGACGAGGGCUAUCCCAUUCCGAUGCAAGGCGAGCUACACACUCGCUUCCGAGACUUUAAGUUUACCAAGGAGGUGUACGCGCCGGUAACCAAUCGCAGUCCUAUGUUCGGCGUGGAUUGUGAAAUGUGUCACACGGAGGCGGGUUGUAACGAGCUAACCCGAAUCUCUAUUGUCAACGAAAAGUACGAGACCGUUUAUGAAACGCUAGUGUUGCCAAAUAACCGGAUCACCGACUAUCUGACGCAAUACUCGGGCAUAACAGCUGAAAUUAUGCAGCAGGUGACCAAGAAGCUGAAAGUUGUGCAGAAGGAAGUGUCCGAACUACUGCCUUCAGAUGCCAUCCUGGUGGGGCAGUCCCUAAACUCUGAUUUGAACGCGAUGAAAAUGAUGCAUCCGUACGUAAUUGACACCAGCGUAUGCUUCAACACAUCUGGGACGCGACGACGGAAGACUAAGCUGAAGGAGCUGGCCAAGACCUUUUUACAGGAAAUUAUCCAGGAAAACAUCGAUGGACACGAUUCCAUUGAGGAUUCGCGAGCCACGCUAAAGCUCGUCAAGAAGAAACUGGCGAACAGCAUCGAGUUCGGAGACCAGAUCCUCACGCAGCACAAGCAAUUGCAGGAGUUGGCGAACGCAUGCAGCGGCGAUACCAUAUCCAACAACCUUUUUGCACAUGUGGCAAAGCGGGAUAAGCGUACGGCCAUUGUCACGGUCGGCGAGUUGCAGCCGCGUCUAAAGGAAGUGAUCGAAAAGGCAGGUGAGGCAGCGCCCAAGGAUCACAGUUCAGCGGUGUGUGUCCACGAGGUAUCCACGCCCAAAGAAGCCGUUCGAAAGGUCAAUGAAAUUGCACUGGAAAAUGCCCUGACUAUUGCCAACCUCCGCGUGCCAGAGCAGGACUUUGUGUUGGACAGUGCCGAGCGGAGUGUUGCCAAACUGGACAAAACCAUCGAUCGCUUGUGGCAGUCUGUUGCGCACAACGGACUCUUCCUCGUCCUUAUGGGCGGAUCCACAGAGUGCUCGAAGGGCGUAGCCAAAAUAGCCAUCAAGCGACUGAAUGGAUCGGAAAGUUAGGAAGCCUAAUAUGAACUUGUCUUUUGCUGGCCACCUCCACAGGAUACCCACUGCCACAGUGCCCUAGGUCCAGUUGGAAUCACGCAGCUAAAUCAAAUUUGCCGUAUCAUCCCCACGACAUGACCAACAAACGUUUUACCUCACACCUGGAAAAUGCCCUGCAUGCAGCAAUGCAUCGAUGAAAAAUUGUCCAAUUCAAACAAAUUCUUUCAAUAACGAAUAAUAAAAUGUACAUUUAUUUUUUUCGCAAAAA